UGCAGGGUGUGAACCACCAGCCUUCCGAAUAGCAGAGGACCUGCUCCACCACCUGAGCUACACCCCAACAGUGAGUCACAUUCAGUGUGAGCAGCCAAACAUGAUGGCAGACUGCCACAGAUCACUGCUGAGGAAAGAGGAGGCGUUCAGCUUCCUCAUAGUUCCACACCUGCAUGAAGCAGCCUCACCCUGACAGCUUCAAAUCACUGUGUCAGCUGAUCACUUCCUGUCCUGUGAUUGGCUGAGCUUCAGGCCUUCUCUCAGUCAAACUGGAAACAGGGAUUGAGACAGUGUGAGGGUUUGUGGAGUGCCACAGUGCUGUAAUGAAUACUGUAGUGGAAGAAGUUCUUUCACACUCUUCAUCCUGGAGCUGCUUUAUGUCCAUGAUCUGCAUGGAAACACAUCUAUGGAGAGGAAAUCCAGCUGCUGAGGGUCACAUCUGCAUCAUUGUAGCUACAGUGGAUGUUUCAGCGUCAGGACUGAAGGCGGAGCUUUGUGCGUGUCAGGGUGAGGCCGCAGCAGCCGCCUCCAACCGGAGCGCUCGGGCGUGAAACUAGGAGGAAAGCCGACGUCCUCCUCUUUCCUCAGAAGUGAUCUGUGGCCGGCCGGACUUCAUUCCACAGAUGUGCUUUAACAAAGUGUGAAGCUGAACUCUGAGCUGUGACAGUGAAGCAGUGUGAGAGUGUCAGUAGAUGAUCAGCAGAGGAAAGUGAAGCUGCUGUGAGCUGAUGUCCUGAAGGGCUUUUAAAGAGUCUCUGAGUUUGACAGGAACAUGAAGAUGUUUGUGGUGUUUGUGAUCCUCCUGCACGUUUCCCAGCAUGCCUUGGUGGUGGUGGAGGUGAAUGAGGGGGAAAGAUCUGUCCUGCUGCCCUGUCAGUACUCAGGUUUAAUACCUGUGGACCCCACAGUAACAUGGACUCGCAACGAUCUCAAUCCCAAAUCUGUCCACGUGAGACAGGAAGAAACAGAUGACAUAACAGGACAAAACCAGCGUUACAGCGGGCGCACAUCAAUGAGGCCUGAUGCUCUGGACACUUUAGACUUCAGCCUCACUGUGAGAAAACCAAUAAAGACUGACAGCGGCAACUACACCUGCUCCAUCAGUGAUGGGAGAGCAGAACGCAGGCUGAGAGAUAUACAGUUGAAGGUCAAAGACCAACAGGUGGAGGUGAAGGUGGAGGAAGAGUCAAACUCUGUCAUCCUGCCCUGCAAAACAAAACCUGACCUGCCUGAGGACACAACAGUGGAGUGGACUCGCUCUGACCGAGAACUCAAGAUCGUCCAUGUCCAUGCAAACAGAAGUGACCACCUGAAAAAACAAGACAACCUUUACUGUGGCCGUGCAAAGAUGAACGAAGACCUGCUGAGAACUGGAGACCUCAGUCUGACCCUGAAAUACCCCACAGAGAGAGACACAGGAGGCUACAUCUGCACCAUCUACAGGGACAGAGACAUCCUGAGACAGAAAGUAGUGCUGCAUGUCAGAGGUAAGAGAUGUAGAUUCUAAUAGACCUUUGGUACAGGGGAGGGUUUCCAACUCCUAAAUUGUUUGCUCACAAAGUGACAAAUUCACCGUGUUCUACCGUAGCAUAGGCAAAAUGAGCCGCGUCUGUAGGCACCCAAUUUGGAUCAUUUUCAUUCUCAGUUAUCUCCUUUAAGCCUCGAAAUAGGAGAAGACAACGUUGCACAUAGGUAUUUAAUUCAUGCACCUCAAUCUCAGACCACACUGUCAUCUCAUAAGGUGCAUCACCUUCAUGUGCGACAACGUGACACUCACAGCUGACCCCCAGCAAACCCUCCAUUUCAGUAAUUUUUAUACAACAAGUGACAGAAUGCAGCACUGCCAUGUUUGCUUAUAUUUUAUAUAAAUAGGAAAUUAUCUGUGUUAAAUGGAACUGUUUAAUGCAUGGGACACAAUAUAAUCAUUUAUUGUUGAAGGGACAAAUGUCAAAGGGGUUCUAACAGGUCCACUUUAUUGCGUGCUCAUAAAUUUUGUUAUCUGUUAUUUUGUAACUCAAUGUGCUUUAUCGUUUGAAAUUAUUAAUUAUGUCACGCUUAUUAGUGGCUCAUAUUUAUUUACGGCCUAUGUUUGAACUUGACUACAAAGGCAGAGCAUCAUUUCAUCCUUUCAGGGUGAAACACUCCACUUUCUCUGUGUCAUGGCAGCUCAGAAAACUUCAUUAACUUUGGUUAUUUAAAGGUAUGGCUUAAAAUCAGUUGUGUUAUCAGUAUAAAUUAUUUAAGAUUUAAUUAAAUUGUUUUCAAUUGACUUACAGCAGCUUACUCUGAUCUAGGAACACUCUCUUAUCCUCAAAAACUGAAGUUACUCAGUCUUAAAUGCUUUUUACAUUACAUAAAUCA